AGAGAAGAGAAAAAGGAAGACGACGAUGCAGAGUUUAACGUCAAACGAAGUUGCGGGUUUGGCAGUUGGGGCUCUGCUUCUUGGUGCCACCAUCGCUGCUCCUAAAGUUGAUGCUUUUAUCGCUGCUUCUCAGAGAAGAUCUCUUGGCAUGUGUCGAAAAUGUGGAGAUCUUAAGAAUGUAGCUUGUGGCCGUUGCAAAGGAACAGGAACAAUCAAAUCAGGAGGAUUCUUUGGUUUCAGUGACUCAUCAAACACAAGAUCAGUGGCUUGCGAUAAUUGCCAAGCCAAAGGUUGUUUCCCUUGCCCUGAAUGCUCAAAAUCUUGACCAUUUUCUCGGUAUUUUAUAGUUGUUUCAUCUUCUUGACACUAUGAUAAGUGUAAUCGGUCCAUUGGUAAUGGUAAUGUUAAAGUUGAAGAAUGUCUUGUUUAUUCGAGAAGUCUCUUAUUCCAAUUCUUGAUCUGUUACUGCAAAUAAGGCACUUUGCUUAGAUGUACCGGAUGCUUAUGAAUUACUGAGUAGGUUAACUUUAACCGGGUUUUAUCGUCAUUAAACCGGAGAAAUUCAUCUAGUAACCAAAUGCUCUGCUGGACCUUUCUUUCAGUGAGCAACUAUAGGUGGGUUUUUGGCAGUUGAUGUACCAUAAUUGGUGCAAACACAC